AUGAAGUUCCAAAUAGAGGACCUCGACGUGUACUUCCCGUACGAGUACAUCUACCCGGAGCAGUACGAGUACAUGGUGGAGUUGAAACGUACGCUGGACGCCAAGGGCCACUGCGUGCUGGAGAUGCCCACAGGCACGGGCAAGACGAUCACGCUGCUGUCGCUCAUCACGUCGUACCAGAUGGCGCGCAAGGGCACGGGCAAGCUCGUGUACUGCACGCGCACCGUGCACGAGAUGGAGAAGGCGCUCGCCGAGCUGCGCAUCCUGCACGCCUACCAGCAGUCCGCGCUCGCAGGGGAAGCCGCCGCCGGCGCAGGGGGAAACGGCGCAGGGGGGAAAGGCGCGAGCGGGGCUCCGCGGAUUCUAGCGCUAGGGCUGAGCUCGCGCAAGAACCUGUGCAUCCACCCGGUGGUGGCGGGGGAGGGGUCGCGCGAGAGCGUGGACGCGGGGUGCCGCAAGCGCACUGCCUCGUGGGUGCGCGCCGCGGCGCUUGAGAACCCCGACAUCGAGGUGUGCACCUACUUUGACCAGUUCGACCGCACAGGACAAGAAGCCGCCCUGCCGCCCGGAGUGUACACGCUGCAGGACCUGCGGGCUUUCGGGCGGGAGAAGGGGUGGUGCCCGUAUUUCCUGGCGCGGCACAUGAUAAACUUCGCAAACGUGGUGGUGUAUAAUUACCAGUACCUGCUGGACCCGAAGGUGUCGGGGAUCAUCUCGAGGGAGCUGGAGCGGGAGAGCAUCGUGGUGUUUGACGAGGCGCACAACAUCGACAACGUGUGCAUCGAGGCUUUAAGUGUGAACGUGCGGCAGCAGACGAUUGAUGGGGCGAAUAGGAACCUCGCCCGGCUCAACACGACCAUCGAGCGGUUCAAGGCAACGGAUGCAGAGAGGCUGAAGGAGGAGUACCGCCGCCUGGUGGAUGGACUGGCGCAGAGAGGCAACCUGCCAGCAUCGGACACGUGGCUGGCGAACCCCCUGCUACCAGCGGACAUCCUACAGGAGGCGGUGCCGGGCAACAUCCGCCGCGCCGAGCACUUCCUCGCCUUCCUAAGGCGCUUCCUCGCCUACCUGCAGACGCGCCUCAACACCACGCGCGUUGAGUCCGAGGGGCCUCUCGCCUUCCUGCAUGCCCUGCAGGCGAGCAGCAACGGGCAUAGAGAGCAAGAGCCUGCAGCUGUGUUACGACCGCCUGCAGCAGCAACGGGCAUAGAGAGCAAGAGCCUGCAGCUGUGUUACGACCGGCUGCAGUCUCUACUGCUGACGCUGCAGGUGGCGGAGGUGGACGAGAUGGGCCACGUGCAGUGCGUGUGUGACCUCGCCACACUCGUUGGCACGUACACCAGGGGCUUCGCCAUCAUCAUCGAGCCCUUUGAUGAACGCCAGCCGCAGCUGGCUGACCCCGUGCUGCAGCUGAGCUGUCUGGACGCGUCUCUGGCGAUCCGGCCCACGUUUGAGCGGUUUCAGAGUGUGAUAAUAACGAGCGGCACGCUGAGUCCCAUCGACCUGUACCCGCGCCUGCUCAACUUCCACCCCGUCUGCAUCCGCUCCCUCUCCAUGUCGCUCUCGCGCGACUGCCUCUGCCCCCUCGUCGUCACGCGCGGCAGCGACCAGCUGCCGUUGAGCACGCGGUUUGACAUGCGCAGUGACCCCGGUGUCGUGCGCAACUACGGGCGCCUGCUCGUCGACAUGGCCGCGUGUGUGCCGGACGGCAUUGUUUGUUUCUUUGUGAGCUACGCGUACAUGGAUGGUAUCGUCAACAGCUGGAACGACAUGGGCAUCCUCAAGGUGCGCUCAGGGCUUAGCACUCCCUCUGGCCGGGACACGCAGGAGGUGAUGGAGCACAAGCUGGUGUUCAUAGAGACACAGGACGUGGUGGAGACAACGCUCGCCCUUGACAAUUACCGCCGUGCCUGUGACUGCGGCCGUGGAGGGGUCUUCUUCUCCAUCGCCCGGGGCAAGGUGGCGGAGGGGAUUGACUUCGACCGGCAUUACGGCCGUCUUGUUAUCAUGUUUGGCGUGCCCUUCCAGUACACCCUCAGCAGAAUACUGAGGGCGAGGCUGGAGUAUCUGAGGGAGACGUUUCAGAUCCAGGAGAACGACUUCCUCACCUUCGAUGCCAUCAGGCAAGCAGCGCAGUGUGUGGGGAGGGUCAUCCGGUCCAAGUCAGACUAUGGAAUUAUGAUAUUCGCCGAUAAGCGGUACAACCGGCAUGACAAGCGCAGCAAGCUGCCAGGGUGGAUAGUGUCACAGCUGCCCGACGCACACCUCAACCUCUCCACCGACAUGGCCGUGCACAUCGCCAGGGAGUUUCUGCGGCGCAUGGCACAGCCGUUUGACCGGGCAGCAUCGAUGGGCGGCGCAACUGCCACUCUCCUCAGUGAAGCUGACGUGGCAACCAUGGCCAUGGGCAUGGGCACAGCAGGGUAG